AUGGCUUAUAUUAUUGAAUGUUCUACAGAAAAAUUAUUUCUAAUAACAUCAGGCUUAUUUAGUUUGGAUAUUGUACCGAAAAUUCAUUCUCUAUCACAAAUAGAAUAUAUCUAUAUAUUUUGUUGCAAUGAAAAUAAAUAUCAACAAUUGACCAAGAAUUAUAAUAAAAUACAUGGAAUAUUUAUAAAUACAAAUAAUCUAAUAAACAAAUUAAAAAAAGAUAUUAUUCAAUCAACUAGAAAUGAAAAUUUCAUCGAAAAUUCUAUUCGAAAUUCUAGUGACGAUCAACCAUCGAUCAUACAGUUUGACAUAUUAGUCGAUACACUUGUUCGAAUGAGUGAUGAAGCUGAUAAUAAAGCAACAAAAGAUAUGAUUGAACAAUGUCGAUCAUAUUAUAGUAAUAAUCAAAAUCAAUUAGAUAUUAUUGAUCAAUUUGAAAAAGAAUAUCAAUUUGAUCAAGCUAUUAAAUGGUAUAUGAGAGAUGCAUUUGUUUAUCGUUUACUCAAUCGAGCAUUUCGAACUGAAAAUAUUGAUAUUAUUUAUAUAUUUCGAUUUUUUGUUAAAAAUUUAUAUCACCCUUGCAAACAAAAUUCCUGCUUAAUUGUGGGUGAGAGUGACAUUAGAUGGAUGAGUUGUAGUGACUGA